UUCCUUUUGGUCCUGGACCUUCUAUCCUACUUCAUUCCCAAAUCUUAUCAAGAAAAGGCCAACUUUAAACUUACAGUGCUUCUGGGCAUAUCCGUCCUGGCAAUCAUCCUUAAUGAUUACCUGCCAGCUUCCACCAAUGUACCUCCAGUUGUUGUGAUGUUCUUCAUCGGAACCAUGUUACUGAUAAUUAUGGGGAUUUUGGAAGUUAUCUUUAUAAUGUAUAUUGGUGGUAAAGUCCAAAAAACAGAAGUGACUUCUAAGAAGAAAUGUCCUGUCUUUCAGGGACUCUUCUUCAAGUCUUGCUCCAGGGAUGUA